UUUUCCUGGGUGGUCCGACUCAUUAAUACACUCUGCACUUCUUGAUUUACGGCUCACAGUUCAACUGCUGCCAAUUAAAACACAUAAAAAAAAGGUGGGGGGAUACAGAGGAGGAAGGAGGAGAAGGAGGAGGAGGAGGAGGAGGAGGAGGAGGCCGCUGAGUUUACUCCACAAAACCGAGUCAGGAUGAACCUGCCCGGCGCAUCAAGGCACCAGCAGUCUGUUUGAAGACAUGUAGUAGGAGGAUGAUGAGAAGGCGUCUUCUUUUCUUCUUUUCCGACACUCCUUUGAUGGAAAUGGACGACCAGGGCUGCCCGAGGUGCAAAACAACCAAAUACAGGAACCCGUCGCUGAAGCUGAUGGUGAACGUCUGCGGCCACACGCUAUGCGAGAACUGUGUGGACAUGCUGUUUGUGCGCGGCUCAGGUAAUUGCGUGCAGUGCGACACGCCCCUGAGGAAGAGCAACUUCCGCGUGCAGCUCUUCGAAGACCCGACCGUAGAUAAGGAGGUGGAGAUUCGCAAGAAGGUGCUGAAGAUAUACAACAAGAGAGAUGUUGACUUCUCCAAUCUACGAGACUAUAACGAUUACCUGGAGCAGGUGGAGGACAUAGUGUAUAACCUGACAAACAACAUUGAUGUGGAGAACACCAAGCUGAGGAUGGAGCAGUACCAGAGGGAGAACAGAGAUAUCAUCCAGAGGAAUAAGGCUAAACUUACGCGAGAGCAGGAGGAGCUGGAGGAGCUGCUGUUACUGGAGCAGCGCGACAAUGAGCAGCGGAGACUGGUGGUGCUCCAGGAGGAGCAGAGGCAGCUACAGGCAAAGAGGAAGAACAAACAGGCCCUGCUGGAUGAACUGGAACAGUCUCAACUUCCUGCCACCAUCUUGCUUGCCCAACACAAGGUCCGUGCUGCUCAGCUGGAGACGCAGAUCGAGCAGCAGAAACAGGCGGUCAAACCGACAAAUCUAUUUUCGACUGGAAUACAUAUGCGUCAGACGGUGUCUCUCCAGCCUGUGCCUAAGAUAGCUGAAGUCCUGUACCACUAUAAGCCCCUUCAAGUUGAAACCUACGGACCACCAGUACCUGAACUGGAGCAGCUGGGCAGACUCGGGUAUCUGAACCACGUGCGGGCUGCCAUGCCUCAGGACACAGCUGGAGGAUACACCUCAGCUCUGGCGUGUCAUCGAGCAGUUCAGGAUGCUCUCAGUGGGCUGUUCCUCGUGACGGGAUGAACUCCGCUCCGACUGUGACUGAAAGGACUGAAAACCACAACGCUGCUACCACCACGGAGAGGGCGGAGGCUGCUGCGGUGAACAAUGGUCAAAUGUUUGUGUGUUUAUAUCUUGUGUUAAUUUUCUAUUUAAAUAAAAAAACAAUGAACACAGAGAGUCUGUCUGUUAUUUUAUAGAUUUAUUUAAAAGUGAAAUUAGGAUGUCUGACGUCCAGCGUGGAAGAAUAAUCACUCUAAUACAUUCAUUAAAGCAAAGCUGGGUUCUUAUGACAAGAUACAACAACAUCUGUAAUAAAAGUGUCAUAAAAUAAUGUUUGUAAAAAAAA